AUGGAGAUCGCCCUACUGCUCCUGGUCGUGGCCGUUGUUUUGGCUCUCCCUGUGCCACAGGAAGUGCAAAAAGGUGUGAUUCCAGUCCUCCAGCGCACAGAGGUCAGAGAUGAAGUGGGACAGUUCUCCAUCAGUUACUUGUCCGGAGACGGAACCGCGGUCAGCGAGCAAGGUGCCCUGAAGCCCAAUGCUGAUGGUAGCGACAAUGUUCUGGUGCAGCAAGGUUCAUUUUCGUAUACCAGUCCCGAAGGGAACCCCAUCCGAGUAACAUAUGUGGCUGAUGAACUCGGGUUUCGUCCAGAAGGUUCCCACCUGCCAGUAGCCCCAGAAGUGGCGCCACCGACUUUCUAA